UGUAUUCAAUAUUUUCUCUCAUAAUGCCCCACCAACUAUGUCACCACCACCCGCGAAUACCUCCUCUCUCUCUCUCUAAAAUCACACCCUUCUUUCCGUAAAAAUUCUCUGGAUUCUGGGAAGACCAAGAUCAACCAAAAAGGUUUUAGAAUAGCUAACUAUCUUAUUCAUUAUGAUGCUGUAAAGAACUAGUAGAAGAAGAUAUGGCUUCAUCAUCAUCUUCAAACCACAAGCAAAAACAUGUUGGAAGCAAAUCUACGGAGACGGAAGAGAUCGUUAAAUACAUGUCGAAUUUACCAAGUUAUUUAGAGAGGGGAAAACCGGUCCAAGAUAGAGCUUUGAAUUUCGGUGUUUUAGAUUGGGGGCGUUUAGAGCAGUGGCAAUAUCAUAAUCACAAACAGAGUAAUAGAUCAUCUCUCCACUCUCAUUUAAACAUAUCUACCCAAGACAUUUUGAGUAAAGAUGCUCCGGUUAGUCACUCCAGCCGAUCAAGAACCAAACCCAGAGGUGUAAAAAAGAAUGAUUUAAAUGUUCGAGAUCUUGCCGAAUCUAGAUCGUCGGAUGAUACAGGAAGUUUUCAGUCAGCAUCGUCAUCGUUAUCUUCAAACGGCAAGAUGAAAAUCCGAGAUGAGUUGGUAAUUAAAAUUGGGAAUUUUCAAGAUUCGUGUAACGGAAGCCGUGAUGGUACAAAGCAUUCAGAUCUAAAAACCGAUGCUCCGAAUUCACUUCCGCUUAAAAAUGAAAUUGUUAGCAAAAAGAACUCGAAAAAUGAAACCGAUUCUAAACGAAAAACUAGCAUUGCAUGCCAGACCAAGACACCGGAGGAGAAAGAGUUUAGUAUUGCGGCUAGCAAAAGCCGAUUUAGUUUUAACAUGAGCUCUAAGUCGGCAGUUGUUAAAUCUGCUACGAAAACGUUGGAAUCUCCUCUGGCUUCUCAAAAUCCACCCGAAGAUUUGAAAACAAAAGCAAAAGUGAAAAUGGAUUUGGGAAGUUGCAAAGAAGUCAGAGUUGAUUAUUCAUGUAGGAACAAGACGAAUGAGUCAUCAACGUCGUCGUCGUCGUCGUCAUCAUCAAGAAAGCGAGCUCUUUUUCAGAUGGCUGUAAAAAACGGGCGCCCGUUAUUUACAUUUUCAGUUGACGACAAUAAAAACGAUAUACUUGCAGCCACGGUAAGAAGUUUAGCUGGGAAAGACGACGCCAAUAGUUGGGUUUAUACGUUUUUCGCUGUUCAGGAAGUUAAGAAAAAGAAAAGUGGCUGGUUAUCGCAUAGCAGUAAAGAUAAAAGUAACGCGUAUCUCCCUAAUGUAACAGCCCAGAUGACGGUUUCAAAUCCUUUGGUUUAUGAUGAUGGUACCACUAGGGAGUUUGUUCUAUCCUCUGUUGACUCGGGUCAACCCGACCCCGACCAACAAAUCCUGGAUGAUCAGCUGGAAAAAGAGCUGGCAGCCAUUGUUGUACGGUUUUUAACAAAGGCAGGAGGUGAGGAUGAUAAUCAAGAUGGUUUUAGCACGACGGUUAUUUUACCUGGUGGUCAUCAUAGUGUACCAAGAAAAGGAGAACCUUCGCCGCUGAUUGAACGCUGGAGAUCUGGUGGAAGAUGUGAUUGUGGCGGUUGGGAUGUCGGUUGCAGAUUGAGAACCCUUGCUAACAAUGUGAAAUCUGAUACAAGUUUAAAUCCAUACGAAAUUUUUGACCUUUUCCUUCAGGGAGAAGUUGUAAACGAGAGACCGUUCUUCAGCCUAUCUCCAAUAAAAGAAGGAAUAUUUUCAGUCGACUACAACGCCUCUUUACCACUUUUACACGCAUUUUCAAUCUGUAUAUCAGUGAUCGAAUGCCGAAAAUCGUCUCAUCAUACAGAACUCCGGACCUAUGUCGCGAAACGAGUGGACGAUGUCAUGGUUCCUGUAACCUAUGCUUCACUUCCACCUGUCUCCCCUGUUGGAAGGGUCUAGUAACAUAUAUUAGAAGAUGCUGCAUUUACAGCAAUUGCAUCACUUAGAUAUAUUGAUUAUUAUGUAACUGUGAAUUAAAUUAGUGAUAAAUGUUGAGUUGAAGCUUCCGGUGGUUACUGGUGUUAUUCCGGUCAACUCAUGUAUGAAACCUUUUUAAGACAUUGACCCAAAAGUUGGGUUUCACAGGGAAAGUUUGUUUUUGUUUUUUUGUAAA